AUGGCCCAACGUUUCCCCGCUAGUGGGCCGAGCCCGGCGCCGCCCGCGGGCUCCAUGCCGCCUCAACAGCGUUACCCGGGGCCCGCUCAGCCUCCGGGCUCGCCGAUGCCUCCGCGUCCUUAUACUGGCCCUACUUUUCCUCCCCGCAGCGGGUUCACUCCCCCGCCGGCGGGCGCGGGCCCGGUGUCUGUGGGCGCGCCUCGUCCCGGCGGGCCCGCUCAGUACCCGGUGGGCGCGGGUCCUCCGCCCCCCGGCUCCCGGCCCCCCGCCCCCGCGCCCUCCGUCAAGCGACCGCCGGACCAGCGCGCUCCUCUCCCGCCGACACACAAGACACACUAUGGAGGCGAGGGCUACGUGGGCGCCGGCAAGCGGAAGAAACGCCUCGCGGACAAGGUGCUGCCGCAGAAGGUGCGUGACCUGGUGCCGGAGUCACAGGCAUACAUGGACCUGCUGGCCUUCGAGAGGAAGCUGGACGCGACCAUCAUGAGGAAGAGGCUCGACAUACAGGAGGCGCUCAAGAGACCCAUGAAGCAGAAGAGGAAGCUGAGGAUAUUCAUAUCAAACACCUUCUAUCCCGGUCAGGGUGACAACGCGGUCGCCUCCUGGGAACUCAGAGUGGAAGGACGGCUCCUCGACGACUCCAAGAAUGAUCCGAACAAGGUGAAGCGCAAGUUCUCGUCGUUCUUCAAGUCGCUGGUGAUCGAGCUGGACAAGGAGCUGUACGGGCCCGACAACCACCUGGUGGAGUGGCACCGCACGCUCACCACGCAGGAGACGGACGGCUUCCAGGUGAAGCGGCCCGGCUACAAGAACGUGCGCUGCACCAUCCUGCUGCUGCUCGACUACCAGCCGCUGCAGUUCAAGCUGGACGCGCGCCUGGCGCGGCUGUUGGGCGUACACACGCAGGCGCGCCCCGUCAUCGUGAACGCGCUCUGGCAGUACGUGAAGACGCACAAGCUGCAGGACCCGCACGAGCGCGAGUACGUCGUCUGCGACAAGUACCUCGAGCAGAUCUUCGGCUGCGCGCGCAUGAAGCUGGCCGAGGUGCCCGCGCGGCUGGGCGCCCUGCUGCACGCGCCCGACCCCAUCGUCAUCAACCACCUCAUCUCCGUGGAGCCGCCGCACGACGCCAAGCAGACCGCCUGCUACGACAUCGACGUGGAGGUGGACGACACGCUCAAGGCGCAGAUGAACAGCUUCCUCAUGAGCACCGCCAACCAGCAGGAGAUACAGGGGCUCGACUCAAAGAUACACGAGACGGUGGACACCAUCAACCAGCUGAAGACGAACCGGGAGUUCUUCCUGAGCUUCAGCAAGGACCCGCAGCAGUUCAUCCAGAAGUGGCUGGUGUCUCAGUCGCGCGACCUCAAGACUAUGGGCGGCGGGGGAGCGGGAGCGGGGGCAGGGGGAGGAGGGAACCCCGAGGAGGAGCGCCGCUCGUCGUUCUACUCGCAGGCGUGGGCGGGCGAGGGGGUGGCGCGCUACCUGCACGGACGACUGGCCGCGCGGCGACGGGACCUGGAGCACGCGCUGGCCGGCCCGCACCACCACCUCACACGACUAUAA